CCAACAACUGUACACAGACGAGUCAGUGCUCAGCAACAUGCCCGCCAACCAAUCCAUUCUGAUGCAAUCACGGCUGCAAAUGAUGCCCACCAUCGCUUCAGUAGGGGGUAACUACGAGGAGCCUGAAUUAAAGGGCCACCCCGACAGUGAACUAUAUGGAGAGGCAAUAAACGAAGAUGAAGACGUUGAAGGCAGUACCUUCAACACUUCACAGCCAGCCGAAACGGGGUCGAGUACUGGGACACACAGCCACUACACUCCACGCGAAUCAUCCUCGUCAAACGGACCUGCCAAGGGGAAGAAAGGAGGCAGAUCAGCCGCGCAGAAGAAGGUUGUCAUCCGGAAGGCGACCAAGAAUGACGAAUCGAAUACCAACAAUCAUUCAAAUUCUCAAUCGCCCCCUCAACAGUACGACACCAAAAAGUACGGGGAUUAA